CUUUGAAAGACUGGAACCUGACCGACAAGGGGCUCGAGCGGCGCCGGUGCGCACCUGACCAGGUCGAGGCGACUAGGGCUCGCUCGCUGUAGGCCGGCUGCGGUCACUGCAAGCGGCGGACCGGAGCAAGCUGCGCAGGGGCGCCGCGGGCAGGCGGCGGUGGGCAACUGGAGCAGCUACGGCCCAAAGCUCGGGGAAGUUGACGGCGCCCACGAGAACCUAGCCGCAACCAGCAGCGAUGACCUUCAGCACAUGGCUUGAUGGGGUCGUGGGAGGAGGGAUUACGGAUACCGCAACUCUUCGGGCCUACGAUCGAGGGUUGGGGGCCUAUGUAACACACUCCUACCAACAACCAAACAAAUUGCUUGAUGAUUUUGCCACCGUAGUCUGUACUGGAGCAGCUGCCGCUUUGUGUUGGGCAGCGUGGAGGUACCACAAGUACAGUAUAUCUCUGGGCAAGUAUGGCCGGGACAUGACGGCCUCGGCCGGCAAGGCCGACCCGGUGAUUGGCCGCGACGACGAGAUCGAUCGUGUUAUUUGCAUCCUCUGCCGUCGGAACAAGAACUGCGUUGCGCUAGUUGGUGCGGCAGGGGUCGGCAAGACAGCCAUUGCCGAGGGUCUCGCUCAGCGCAUCGCUGCUGGGACAGUCCCUGCCACACUCAUUGGAGCACGCGUCGUGGAAGUGGACCUCGGGGCCAUGGUGGCCGGGACUCUUUACUGCGGCAUGUUUGAGGAGCGCAUGAAGGAUGUGAUACGGCAGGCGGAGAAUGCAGACGGCAAGGUAAUUCUCUUCAUCGAUGAGAUGCACAUGCUUAUUGGCUCCGGUGGCAGCCUGAUCCACCAGAGGAGCACGGACGCUGCCAACGUGCUGAAGCCGGCAUUGGCCCGUGGUCGUAUCCGCUGCGUGGCCGCAACGACUUUUGAUGAGUACAUCAAGUACAUUGAGAACGACCCAGCAUUGGAGCGGCGAUUCCAAAAGGUGCACAUUGAGGAGCCAAGCAUGCAGGCAACCAUUGCCAUUCUGCGAGGGCUAAAGAAAAGGUAUGAGGAGCAUCAUGGCUUGGAAAUCCAGGAUGCUGCUCUUAUUGCUGCCGCACAGCUUGCUGCCCGAUAUAUCACAGGUCGUCGAUUUCCUGAUAAGGCAAUCGAUCUGAUCGAUGAAGCAUGUGCCACUGCAGCCAAAAGGAUGAUGCAAAUUGGCAAACAAGAAAAGGAAGUGAACACUGUGCUAACUGCCUCUCCAAAUGCAGUGAACGAAGCAAAUGUUGGCCCGGAUGAAGUUGCACAAGUUGUGAGCCGAUGUACUGGAAUUCCUGUUGCCACACUUGAUCAAGGGGAGAAGGAUAAGUUGAUCCACCUAGCAGCCAGAUUGCAUGAGCGAGUUGUUGGCCAGGAUGAAGCGGUUAAUAAGGUUGUGCGGGCUGUGUUGCGUUCUAGGACUGGUCUUGAUCAUCCUGGCCAGCCAACAGGCUCGUUCCUCUUUUUGGGUUCUACUGGUGUUGGAAAGACAGAGCUUGCAAAAGCUCUUGCCAAACAGCUGUUUGACAGCGAGAAGAUGUUGGUUCGCAUUGACAUGUCUGAAUAUGUUGGGGCCGAAUCAGUCUGGCGUCUUAUUGGAGCACCUCCAGGCUCCUCUGAACAUCAAGAUGGUGGACAACUGACUGAGAAGGUGCGAAGGCGCCCAUAUAGUGUCAUCCUUUUCGAUGAGGUGGAGAAGGCGGAUCCCUCGGUGUUGAAUGUUUUUCUUCAGCUCCUUGAUGAUGGUAUGUUGACUGAUGGAAAAGGUCGGUUAGUAGAUUUCAAAAAUACAAUUAUCAUCAUGACCUCAAAUCUGGGGUCAGAGCACCUACUAGCAGGAUUGUCCGGAGAAAGCACAAUGGAAAGAGCAAGGGACCUUCUCAUGAAUCAGGUUCACAAACACUUCAAGCCCGAGCUUCUCAACAGACUUAGUGUGAUCGUUGUAUUUGAGCCGCUUUCACGAGACAGACUGAAAGAGAUCGUGGCAAUCCAGAUGAAGAAUGUCACCGCCAGGGUAGCCACCAAGGGCAUCUCUCUAUGUGUAAGCGACGCCGCCCUGGAUGUCAUUUUGUCGGAAUCAUACAACCCGGUAUGUAUGUCCUAUUUCCAGAUGACCAAGUUAUCCAUUGAAUAUAUGUUAUUGUCACCGCACUUGAUCUUUUGUAUCGCAGAUGUACGGUGCAAGGCCCAUAAGGAGGUGGGUACAGGACAAUGUGGUGACAACGAUCUCGGAGAUGUUGAUAAGAGGAGAAGCUGGUGCGGGCUCGACGAUCUACAUCAGUGCUACGGAUGAUAGGAAGGCGCUGAAAUGGAGGCAUUGAUGGAGAUGGCGAUGGUGGCUACCAUGCACAGCCUAGGGCCGGCGCCUGGUGAUGGUGGCAGCCCGCCUCCUUCACCUCUGCUUGCUUGGACGAUGAGGUAGCUUUGAAGAUGAAGCUAUGGAGAUCUUGAGGGAGAGGCCUCCCCCUCUAGCUGGGAGGGGAGAACCUUCGGCGGCUGCGUGGAGUUUUUGAUGAAUGAUGGGGGUUGCGAUGGAUGAGGCCAGCGGCUAGGAUUGGUGCUGAUUAUAUAGCCGGCCUCCUCGUACCUCCUCCAUGGAUCCUUCUCUUCUCCUUCGAUUCAAGUGCUCUUGAUGGGUCGCAACCUCCCAAUGCCUUCCUUAUUAUCCAAGAAAAGUACAGGAAUAAACAGGUAUAAAUUCAUGAAAAAUCGUGGAGGUUUUAGCAAAUCCUUUUGCCCAAAUAAGACGGGAUGACCAAAGG